CUGAAUUGACAUGUCCUUUCUUCUUCGUCUUCUUCGCUUCCUAUUCGAAAUUUCCCCAUUAGCUUCCCCCACGGGUUCACCCUUUUCAGUUCACAUUUUAAUUAUGGGACCCACUUGAUUUUACUCUGUUUUCCUCAAAUUCUCGGAUUUUGACUUUUCUAAAACUGUGAUCUUUCAACUUUUUCUUGGUGCUCUGCAACGGCGGACUUAGAGGAGGUUAGGCUUUUUGUGGGAAUCGUUUCAAAUGAGCAGAGUGGGUGGCCCAAGUGGGCGAAAGAGGGGUUUGUUCAACGGCGAAGGGGCCUUGGAGUUCUUCCGCCAUUUAAUGAGGGAGAAGCCUUUUCUUCCAUUUCUGAUACCUUUGGUUCUUGUUGCUUGGAGUAUUGAGAGAUGGGUCUUCUCUCUCUCCAAUUGGGUUCCUUUGGCUGUUGCUGUGUGGGCCACUUUACAGUAUGGGAGUUAUGAACGCCAAGUAAUUGUUGAUGAUUUGAACACAAAAUGGAGGCGACUUGUAACAAACACUUCGCCUGAAACACCUCUGGAACCCUGUGCAUGGUUGAAUAAGCUGUUGAUGGAAGUAUGGCCAAAUUAUUUUAAUCCAAAACUUUCCUCAAAGUUUUCAUCCGCAGUAAAUAAACGGUUGAAGGACCGAAAGUCGAGGCUUAUUGAAAACAUGGAACUGCUGGAGUUUUCUCUAGGCUCGUGCCCUCCUAGCUUGGGUCUUGGUGGGGUUCGAUGGUUAACUUGUGGUGGUGAGAGAAUCAUGCAUUUGAAUUUCGAUUGGGACACAAAUGAAAUGAGCAUUUUGUUGCAAGCCAAACUGGCCAAGCCACUUAUGGGAACUGCACGGAUUGUCAUAAAUAGUCUACAUAUAAAGGGUGAUCUUGUGUUGAUGCCUAUUUUGGAUGGGAAGGCAGUACUAUUUUCGUUUGUGACAACUCCUGAUGUAAGAAUAGGAAUUGCUUUUGGAAGUGGUGGAAGCCAAUCAUUGCCUGCAACAGAGCUCCCUGGUGUUUCCUCCUGGCUGGUCAAAUUUUUUACAGAUACUCUGGUUAGGACAAUGGUUGAACCACGCAGGCGCUGUUUCUCUUUGCCACCCGUUGAUCUCAGGAAGAAGGCUGUUGGUGGUAUCAUAUAUGUGACUGUCAUUUCUGCCAGAAAACUGUAUCGAAGUAGCUUGAAAGGAAGUCCAACAAGAAGACAACAAAGCCACUCUUCUAAUGGCUCAUUCGGAGAGCAUCUUAAUGAUAAAGAUCUGCAGACAUUUGUUGAGGUUGAACUUGAAAAGCUUAGUAGAAAAACAGAUGCAAGAUCAGGUUCAGACCCUCAGUGGAAUGCCACAUUCAAUAUGAUCUUACACGAAGAUACAGGAACUCUACGGUUUCAUCUUUAUGAGUAUAAUCCAAGCCAUGUGAAGCAUGAUUAUCUUGCAAGUUGUGAGGUUAAGAUGAAAUAUGCGGCAGACGAUUCCACAACAUUUUGGGCAAUAGGACCAGAAUCUAGUGUGAUAGCCAGGCAUGCUGAGUUUUGUGGAAAAGAAGUUGAAAUGGAUAUUCCAUUUGAAGGGGCCUUUUGUGGAGAGCUGUCAGUGAGGCUUGUUUUAAAGGAAUGGAUGUACUCAGAUGGUUCACAUAGUUCGAACAGGUACCACGUUAGUCCACAACAAUCUCUCUACGGGGCGUCGAGUUUUGUUUCGAGCACUGGAAGAAAGAUCAACAUCACAGUUGUGGAAGGAAAGGAUCUUCCAACAAAAGACAAGAAUGGAAAGUGUGAUCCAUAUGUGAAAUUGCAGUAUGGAAAGUCUCUCCAGCGCACAAGAACUGCUCACUCCUUCAAUCCAUUAUGGAAUCAGAAGUUUGAAUUUGAUGAGAUCGGUGGUGGUGAGUAUCUAAAGUUGAAAUGCCUUACUGAAGACAUCUUUGGCAAUGAUAACACUGGGAGUGCAAGGGUUAAUCUGGAAGGAUUAGUAGAAGGGUCAGUUAGAGAUGUAUGGAUUCCUCUUGAAAAGGUGAAUUCUGGAGAAUUAAGGCUUCAAAUAGAAGCCAUCAGAGUGGAUGACAAUGAAGGAUCAAGGGGAUCAAGCUUGGCUCCAACAAAUGGUUGGAUCGAACUCGUUCUAGUUGAAGCAAGAGACCUUGUUGCUGCUGAUCUCAGAGGGACGAGUGAUCCUUACGUGAGGGUCCAAUAUGGGAAGUUGAAGAAAAGAACCAAGGUUAUGUACAAAACUCUAAGGCCCCAGUGGAAUCAGAUUCUGGAGUUUCCAGACAAUGGCAGCGCUCUGCUGUUACAUGUGAAAGACCACAAUGCUCUGCUCCCAACGUCGAGCAUAGGUGAUUGUGUUGUGGAGUAUCAAGGGCUGCCUCCAAACCAGAUGUUUGACAAAUGGAUACCACUUCAGGGGGUUAAAAAGGGAGAGAUACAUAUCCAAAUCACCAAGAGAGUUCCAGAACUUGAUAAGAGAUCUAGUUUGGACUCAAAAACCAGUCUGGAUUCUGAAAUUUCCUUGAACAAAGCUCAUCGGAUUUCCAGUCAGAUGAAACAAAUGAUGAACAAGUUACAAAGUUUCAUUGAAGAUAGCAAUCUUGAAGGACUUGCGACGGGCAUGAGUGAGCUGGAAAGUCUAGAGGAUCUGCAAGAGGAGUAUAUGGCACAGCUUGAAACUGAACAAAUGCUUCUAAUAAACAAGAUCAAGGAACUUGGUCAGGAGUUUCUCAACUCAUCCCCUUCCUCAAGUAGAAGAUCAUUUGGAUAAGAAUCGGAUCCAUCAGACUUCUCGACCUUGCCAGUUUGCUGUACAAAUCAUGACUCGGCAUAUGCAUUUGGAGAUUCUGAUACAAGUGUACAUGUUAUUUAGAUCGAGUCCAUACAUUUUCGUGUAGGAAUUCUUAUUUAUUCUGAACAAUUGGGCAGAAUUAGCUUCAUUUGUUAGAGUUUUAAUCUUCCAGCGGUAACUGUUAAGCUAACAGCCCACAGAAAGA